UCAUCUUCCUCCACCAUUAUCUUCAAUUUCCAUGAUUCGUCAGAUCAGCAGAACCGAAAAGAAACGAAACUAUUCUAAACUAGUUGAGUGUUGAGUUGAGAAAGAAAUAUUCGGGAGUGAUUUGGGUAGUGUUUACUACGAUAUUUUCGUCUUUGUUUGACUUGUGUUAAUUUGGGUCAUACCAUUUUCUACUCCGCUAAAAUGGAAAGAGUUGCUAGAACAUUUACAGAAUCUUUUACGUCCAAACUGGAAGAGCCAGUACGUACACACUUGAAGAAUGUCUACGCCUGCCUCACCAUGUCUACGGUUGCUGCAGCUGUUGGUGCGUACGUCCACAUGUACACGGAGAUCUUGUCUGCAGGUCUGCUCACCGUCAUCGCAGCUGUUGGACUACUGUUCGCCCUUAUGUCUACACCCGACAAUGGCAAAAACAGACAGAUGAGGGUUGGAUUCCUGCUCGGAUUCGCCUUCUUUUCAGGUCUGGGGAUGGGUCCACUGUUAGACAUGGCUGUUUCCAUCAACCCACAGAUUAUUGUGACCGCAUUCAUCGGCACGUCCGUGGUGUUUGCCUCGUUCAGCAUUGCCGCCAUGACAGCUCAGCGAGGACAGUGGCUCUAUCUGGGAGGCACUCUGAUGACUCUGCUGUCCUCUCUGUUACUGCUGUCCCUAGCCAACAUCCUGCUCGGCUCUCGUCUCAUCUUUCAGAUCUACUUGUACCUGGGACUGUUCCUGAUGUGCGGAUUCGUGUUGUACGACACUCAGCUGAUUAUUGAGAAGCGCCGCAGCGGAGACAAGGAUUUCGUCAUUCACUCAGUCGAUCUUUUUAUCGACUUUAUCGGCAUCUUCCGUCGUCUGGUCAUCAUCCUUUCUGAGAAGGAAAACCGAAACCAGCGCAAGAAGGAAUGAUAAGAGAAGACUGGAAGUUGCUCAGCCUGCAAAAGGCAGCAUUUGUGAAAUUCUAAUUAUUCAUGUAUCUCUUUUAUGUUUUACUAAUAUUAUGUGUAAAGAUAAAUUUGUAAUCUUUUAUCGAUUGGAGUUUUUGUGUUGAAAAAUUACUGUAUGGUUAUGAAGUGUUUUAAUAAUGUAAUAGAUUUAGGUCUAUAGUUUAGUGUUGCGGUUCUACCACCUUUACAUUUUUACAGCUUUUUAGUUUUAAAUUAGCUUUUUAUCCAAGCCCAAGAGAGUAAUUAUAGUAAAGAGUUAACUAGUGUCAGAAAUAUAUUUUUGUUCUAUUUUUCCUAUGAGUUUAAAAUGUAAAAAUGUUUUAUUUGAUACACUAGAUGUAAGGGUUGUGCAGCCGCAACUUCGGUGGUUGGCAUGUGUGUACUGUGUACCUACCUAUUGUGUAAGGAAGUUAAAUAAACGUUUAGUAUUUAUAAGCUAAAGACUUGUCAUUAUGUUGCCUUUUGUACUUCUUCAUUCAAGCUUUCUUGGUUAGUUUAUAUGUUAUGUCUAAUAUCUAAAUCUUCUUCAAUCGCUGUAAAAAACCUUUUAAAAAUUAAAUCUAUUUGGAUACUUUUA